UGAACAGGAAGGUUCUACGCAUUUUAUUUUGUAUCUCAUGGUAAUGGAUCCUCCGGAUGAACAAAAGAAAAUACACGUAAACCCAGACUUCCUGCCAAACAAAAACAAAGCACUGAAAGGAACAAGAGUACAUGUAAACCCAGCAUUCUUCCAAAAAUCAAGACCUGCUCCAUCAGACCCUGUAGUCAGUCAGAACCAGUCUCUACAUACUAGGCAUAACUGUUACCCAUCAAAUGUCUCUAGCAUAUCCAAAGUCAAUUCCACACAUUACAAGCAGCAACAAUUGGCAUCUACAUAUGUCAGCACAGCCUCUGUGUCAAGGGUUCACUAUCCUGCAACCAGGUUGUUAGCAAGUGGAGUCCAGACACACAAUAAAUAUGAGAGCAAUAACUCUUUGUCACCAUACUUUAAUUUGUCUUCUACUGAAGCUGGAGAUGUUGCUGCUAGCUCUUCCAAACCGAUUGGAGGGAAGUUUUUGCAUUUAUUGACAGGAAGAAGAGAAAAUCAGGGACAUAACCUAGGUAAUGCUUCAACUCAAAAUAAAUCAAUGCCUAACAUUACAUCUACAAAUUUAUAUCCCAGUCAACCAUAUAUGAAACAAAAAAUAUCUCCAUAUUCAUGGACAGCCAAUAAGGUUCUGGUCACAGGCUCAGACAAGAUCCUGAAUCAAAGUGUAUAUAAAGUAAAUCAGACCAGUAACUUGCAACAAAAUGCAAGCCAAACUUUAACUAGUAGGCAUGGCAAUUUAAAGAGGAUUUUCACAAAGAGUGGGAUCCAAGUACCUGGAAUGCAUACUCAACCUCCACAAAUAGAAAGUGGAAAAUCACAAUUAGGGACUACCUCCACAAAAACUUCCAACAUCUUGGUCAAUCCUAGACUCAUUCAAUCAAUAGCAAGUAACAGUAAUCCUGUUUUAAAUCAACAAACAGUGAAUUCAAGUAGACCUUAUGCUGAGCAGCAGACAAAGUUGGAACUGGCAACAUCACAGCAAGUCAGUGCCAAAAAAAGUUUAAUAAGAAAUCUAAAGGACACUUCAAAGAAAGCAUCAAAGUUCAAAGUUAUCUCCAAGACAAAGCUGGUGCGGCGGCGCUCAAGCAGCAUGUCAUCAGAUAAAGGUCGCAUUGGAGUACUGAAGAAGAGUCAUCUUAAAAGCAGUGUUAGUUCAGUACCUCAGCCUUCACUGAAAUUUCCCACACAGGCCAGGAAAUAUUCAACCAGCUCAGGUGUGAAAAAACGCUACCUUGUUAAGUCUCGAACGAAACUUGUGAGACAGCUUUCUGGUUCAAGCAGUGUGGGAAAAGAUGCUAGUCCUGGCAAUGCAAAGUAUACGUUGAAGACAAAGACCAAACUUGUACGAAGAAAAUCCAGUAGCAGCUCCUCUAAUAAGACUGAGGAGGGUGAAAAUCAAGCCACAAAGUCUGCUAAUAACAAAACAAAUACAGAGAAAGGAAAGAAAUUUUUUGUGAUAUCAAAGACAAAAUUAGUUAGAAGAAGAUCAAAUUCUGGGGUAUUUAAAUCCAAUGCAUUGGUAAGAUAUGCAACUGCUAAGCCUAUCAAGUGCUGGUCUUCCAAAUUUUGUGGUCUUUCUCAGGCAAGAAAUGCAAAUAAUGUCUAUAAAGUAGUUAACAAUAGUAUUAGGUUAUCACUGAAACAGAAGGCUGCCAAGGGGAUUAUAUCCAAGUACAAGAUCAAUCGCCUUAAGUCAGAUUCCUCUCAGAAGGCCACAAGUUAUGGAGAAAAGUCACUCCUUAGGCAUGGAAACAGUGUAUACAAAGUGAAUGAUGCCAUUGGUCUGUAUCAGAAGCAGAAAGGAAUGAAGGGCCAUGUGUCAAAGUACAAGAUUAAUCACUUAAAGCUGGACUCUUCCCACAGUUUUAAGGCUAAGACUGGGUAUCCAGCAUUUAGGAAAGGGAAACUGGGAAUUCGCUCAGACCGGAUUAUUAAUAUUGGAGGAAUUUUGUACAAGUCAACUAAAACUUCAUUAAGGAAGCAGCUGGCUAAAAAAAUGGAGAAUGAGAAGAAAGCAACAGAUUCCAUGUGUGUUGUUCAUCUUCGUGGUCACAAGUUCCAGGUUGGCGCUGGGGGGCGAACCCUGAAGAGAAUAACAGAUACCACAAGUUCUGGAAGAAUUCAGCCUGCCCUCUCAAGAGUUCACAUUGGUGGCCUCACAUAUUCUCGCACAGCAAAUGGCCAGUAUGAACUAACAAGGGUUCAUCAGGCUCGGGCUGUGGUCAGUUCGGCAAAGCAACGAAGUAUGCAGAUGCUGUCACAGAGAAGGAAAAGAGGAGCCAUGCAGAAGCGAAAUGAGUACUGCAUCUUCUUCAACAGAUUUGGUCGCUGCAGCAAGAAGGAUCAAGGGGAAUGUCCAUAUAUUCAUGACUCAAAGAGAAUUGCUGUGUGCACAAGGUUUUUACGAGGUCGGUGCCCAGUAAGCAACUGUCCAUUCUCACAUGUCAUCGACCCUGACAAGAUGCCAGUCUGUUCACAUUUUGUAAGAGCUAGUUGCACACGAGAUAAUUGUCCAUACAGGCAUGUGCGUGUCAAUCCCAAUGCUCCUAUUUGCCCAGAGUUUCUACAGGGUCACUGCACGCUUGGAGAAGAGUGCAAGAAUCAGCAUAUUUUGGUUUGUGAAGAGUACAGCCUGACAGGAACUUGCCCAAGAGGAGUCACCUGCCCACUUUCUCAUCACCGAGGUAGAGGGAAGAGAAGAAGGUCUGAAUCAGGAAAACCCAGAAGAAGUAGACAACCAUUUACAAGCAGGAAAAGGAAGGCAAGUGAAAGCCAAGAUGUUCUUGGAGGACCACCAAAGGCAAAGAGCAAAGCAGAAAAAAAAAUGAAGGCAAAAACUGUCAAAGUUCCUCUUAAAAGGUACUUCCAGUUCAGCAGUCUGGAGAGCAAUAAUGAUGAUGAUGUUAGUGAAUGUCAGAAGAGUACCUCUGACCUCUGUGUUGAUGAUGACCAGUCACGUAUCUCUCAUGUACCAGACCAUUCAUCUUUAUCACCAGCACCAUUACAGAAAGAACAAGAAGAAAUACAUACCGAAGAGAAACAGCCAGUAGAAUCAUCAGCUUCAUCUUUCACCUGCAAAAUAGAGGUAACAAGACAGAGACUCAUGACUAAGAUGGAAAAGAUGAAGCAGACAAUCUCAAAACUUGAACUGAGUGAUGAGGGAGUGCUAGAAGACCGCAUGUCAGAAAACAAAAUUCACACAAAGUCUCAGAAAGAUUCUUCACACACCCAAGGAGACGGUUCUCAGUCUUUUUCUGGAUGUGGGAAAAACAGAGACAAUGAUAAAGACAGUGAAGGGAAUGAGGAAAGUGUUCACGAUCAGAACAUUCAUGAUGUGGGUCGAGUGUUACAAAGACCUCCUCUUCCAAAGAGAUUGCCAUCAUACAUACCACUCAGCAUGGAUGAUGAAAACUGAUGCAACAGGAUAUGUGAUAGAUUGUGAUGGUUUGAUAUUAUUUUAUGGCCACAUCGUAGUUGUGAAUGUAAAUGUAUUUGUUAUACUCACAAGAUUUUAUAUGACAUAGUAUUUGCCCCACUAUUUUUGCUGUCCUUCCAGAUUUAUUAAUUAUUGCUAUGGCAAAAUCAUACAAAAAUGACCUUAUUGAAAAAGGUAAUGCUAGAUAUAUAUGUAAAGAGGUCAUCUUUUAAAGGAAAUCUAUUUUGUAGGAGACAAUAAUUUUCAUACAUUUUUGAUAUGAUGUAUUAUGUAUGGACUGUUUGAUAGUAUGUAACGGGUAAAACAUUUUUGAAGAGAUGGAAUACCAAUACCUAGUCUUGUGUUGCACACUUGGAUAAGUACAACUUUAUGUUCAUGAUAUUUCUGGUGAGAAUAAAGGUUUUAAAAUUUU